UCGCCAAGCGCUGCCCUAGUGCCGCACCAAUGGGGUACACGUCUGGUGUAGCAUCUGAUUGAGGGGUCAUCCAAGGAAGCGAAGGUCUGAAGUAUAUGGUCCUUGCACCUAUAUAAGGCGCAUGGUAUGCUGCUCUACUCACACAGUUGAAGAGCAGCCAUUGCUCUCCAUCCUAUCACAGCUUCAGUGCACGAUGAGACUCUCUCAUUUGGUUUGUGCUGGUGGCCUUCUGGGGGCUGCCCUCGCGUCGCCAAGCACCGAGAUCGCUAAGAGGGAGACUGUUAGCGAGAUUCUGACCGAUAUUGAGGAUGCCGUUACUUGUGCGGCAUGUGAGGCCCUGUUAGUUGUCCUCCAAGCGCUGGCCCACCUGGGCAACGACGACUUUGUGGAUGUGAUCACCGAAGUCUGCAUUUUGGCCGGGAUUGAUGACGACGAUGUCUGCGAGGGCGCAAUUUCCCGUGAAGGUCCCAUCCUAGCCCAUGACCUCCGCUACAUGGACGUUCCCUCGAAGACCGCGGUCCUCUUCUGCACAACCAUCUUCGGGCUCUGUGACUACCCUGCCGUGGCUGAGUACACUGUCGACUUCCCCUCCGACAAGCCGGCAAAUGCCACUCGUCCGGCCCCGAGUGGCGAGACCCCUCUCCAGAUUGUCCAUAUCAGCGACAUCCAUGUUGAUCUCUCUUACGAGACUGGUGCAAGCUACAACUGCACCAAGCCAAUUUGCUGCCGCCCCUACACCACUGCUGAUGACCCGGGGGUGACUGAUUACCCGGCAGGAGAGUAUGGGAACCACAACUGCGACGCGCCUCUCACUCUGGAGGAGAGUAUGUACGCAGCCAUCAAGGAACUUGUUCCCGAUGCCCCGUUCGUCAUUUUCACGGGUGACAUCGUAGAGGGUGCCGUUUGGCUUGUCAACGAGACCGAGGUGACCAACGAUAUCAACGAUGCCUAUGUAACCCGGAUGUCCAGCUAUUUCGAUCUGGUCUACGGCGUCACCGGAAACCACGACACUGCCCCGGUGAACUCAUUCCCCCCCGCCGCUGUCGACACCACCAUCUCCAGCCAAUGGGCCUACGAUACCCUCUCCUCCGACUGGAGCCAGUGGAUCGGCUCGACUGCAGCUACCACUGCAGACGAUUACGGCGCGUACUCCGUCAAAUACCCCGACGGCAACCUGCGUCUCAUCUCCUUCAACAGCAACUUCUACUACAAGGAGAACUUCUGGCUCUACGAAAAGACCAUGGAAACCGACCCUAGCGGACAGUUGGCCUGGCUCGUGACCGAGCUCGCUGCCGCCGAGACCGCCGGGGAGCGCGUCUGGCUGAUGGGCCACAUGCCCAUGGGAUCCAGCGAUACCUUCCACGACGGAUCCAACUACUUCAACCAGAUCAUCCAGCGCUACGACGCCACCAUCGCCGCGGUCUUCUACGGCCACACCCACAAGGACGAGUUCGAACUCGCCUACUCGGACUACACCGACCAGAACGCCGACACCGCCACCAUGAUGUCGUACAUCAUGCCCGCCAUGACCCCGACCUCCGGCAACCCGGCCUUCCGCGUCUACUCCGUGGACCCCGUCACCUUCGGCAUUCUCGACUUCACCGAAUACAUCACCAACAUGUCCAGCCCCACCUACCAGGAGAAACCCGUCUGGGAGAAAUACUACUCCGCCAAGGAAGCCUACGGAUCUCUCCUCGAUCCCCCCGUUACCGACAGCGCCGCCGAAAUGACCCCCGCGUUCUGGCACAACGUCACCGCUCUCUUCGAGGACGAUGACUCCGUCUUCCAGGACUACUACGCCCGUAAGCACCGUGGCUGGGACGUCACCGAGUGCACGGGUGACUGCAAGACCGACGAGAUCUGCCAGCUGCGCGCCGCAGAGGCUCAGUAUAACUGCGUCGAGGUCACCCCCGGCAUCAGCUUCAAGAAGAAGCGUGACUCAACCACCAGCGCGACCAAGAUCGAAAGUCCCUGUGGCGAGUCGGUCGUUGGCAAGAUGUUCGCCAACUUCGAUGGAGCCGUCGCGGCAGUCAAGGCGGCGGCGGAGGCUAAAUUGGGUGCUAGUUUCCUGAACACUACGGUCAACGCGACUGUUUCUUAGAUGUAAUGGCGUUGAUGUUCAUGGUGAG